AUGGCGCCGUGCGCGCGCUGCUGCUAUAUGAGCACAUCAUGCGUCACAAGCGUCUCUCGCCGUCCAGGGAGACCACCCAAGCAGACUUGCGCUGAUGUCGAUGGCACCUCAAGCUCUCGAAACACCGCAACGAGCUCGAACUCCUCGCCUGCUUCCUACAGCUCGCCGAUGGCGCGAGAAAUGCCUCACGAUGAGAUUAUUGCAUUUACGCCUAAAAGAGCGUCAGCGUGCAGUCCCGUCAGACACAUGUCUAGAGAUGCAUUGCACAGUAUCGUAGCGCCGCAUCCUGGCAUUGCCAAGUCUUCCGCAUACUCUCAUCUGUCAAAAGACUUUUUGUCUCAUGAGUCACAGCCAGAAUUCUGGGCCGCCUUGGGGGACAGUGACCCUUUCUUCGGCUCACAUUCCAUCCAGCAAAGUCCUACGCCGGCCCAAGAUAUGAUCCCGUGGUUACUCGGUCCGGAUACGCAACCGGGCUGCUCAGAUUAUGUUGACGAGACGGCUAGCCCUGCUCUCGAUAUCGAUGUUGAUCCACUCCUUGAUAGUGAGGAAGGUCUUCUGCCCCUGGCGCGCCCUGAACAAAGUUCUAGCAGCAGUGCACCGAGCUCUCUGAUAGGGUUCCGAGAGGACAUGGAUCGGCGCAUUGCCAUGGUUGACAUUUAUUAUUCAGAGCCCUCAAAAGUCAUGCAGCGCUGCAGAGAUGAUGACCUGGGCCGAGAUGUCAAAAAUCCGGCAGCAGCACUUCUUACGUGCUGCAAAACACUUGUCGACAAUAUCCAGAGCUUACUGCCGCCAGAUUACUUGUGCACAAAGACCGAAGAUGGACUUGAUACCGAAACCCUGCUCUUGAUUAUGUCGUGCUACCUUGCGAUGAUGAGACUGUUUGACUCUGUCUUCCACCGCAUCUACAAACACCUAUGCCAGGUGUCACCGCAGUCGUACUUGCCCAGCAAGGUCAAAUCGGUGAUUCGAAUCGGGGGACUCUCCUCGCUACAGGACAUGCCGCUAAAGACGUACGCAGUAGGCGUUCUCGAUGCCAUUCAGUGCCAAGUGCAAACCCUAGAGCGGCUCAUGGGGAUUCCGACCGAAUACUGCCUUGCGGGCGAGGCGGCUCCCUCAUCCACAACGGCUUCGGGAAUAUUCUCCCGUGUAGAUCGUGCACGAUUAUUCUGGAUCGUUAUGACCCAAGAGGAUGUUAAAUCACGGCGGGGACCCAAGUCAUACGUACAAUCCAUACGAACCAGCAUGAAGGAGUCACUGGCAUUUCUCGAUGACUAG